AAAAGAAAAGGCAACAAAAAAUUCAGAAAAAAAAUGUGUCCCCAAUUUCAUUUUGAUUUUGGUGAAUGGUAAUGAUACAUGUAUUUGUUGUUUGUUCAACAGUGACAGUCCGCAGAGAAGGCAGUAGCAGAGGAAGCAGCAGAAGCAGCAGCAGCAGCACCAGCAGCUCUCUUUAAGGAAUUUUCAGACUCCCCCUUCGAAUUUAGGCAUUAGAUUCAGAGAGAUGAGUAGAAAUGGAAGUGUGCGACAGUAUAUAAGAUCCAAAGUCCCUAGAUUGAGAUGGACUCCCGAGCUUCACCACUGCUUUGUUCUUGCAAUUCAAACACUUGGUGGCCAUCACAAGGCAACGCCAAAGCUGGUUCUUCAGCUCAUGGAUGUGAAAGGACUCACCAUUUCACACGUAAAGAGCCAUCUUCAGAUGUAUAGAAGCACCAGGGCAGAUAUGGGAAGACAAGAUCAUAAGUGUUCGAGUGUUGGAAGAAAGGUAAGUAAUUUGGAGGAGGAAGACGAGGACGGGUGUGUAGAAGAAGAAAACGUAAAGGGAGGUGGAGUCAUUUACAGAUCAACAACAACAACAACAACUCGAACUUCAGCUUCCAAAAGAGGGAAUAGAAGCUCAAGAAAUGAUGGGUUUUAUGGACAUAAAGAGAUUAAGAUGAUGAUGAUAAUGGGAGAUUCUGAAUCACACGGCGUUGCACUCAACCAAUCUGCUGCUAACCAUGCUUUCUUCAAGAUUUCACAGAUGAUGAAGAAGGAAGAUGAGGAGAAGGAACUGUCCCUGUGCCUGUCCUUACAACACCAUUGCCAUGGUUCAAGCAGCGAAAUCAGUGAGGCGAUUUCAUCUUCAAGUUCAAAGUUGGAUAAUAAUCAUAAUAAUAAUCAUAAUAAUAGCUAUAGAGAUUGCUCGAGUUGGUCGUACGGAAGGCAACAACAGCAGCAAAUUGGUGUUAAUUUAGAGUUGUCAAUGGCGCUUUGUGGUAGCCGAUGAGGGUUUGUGUGUAAUCAAUUUUACUCUCUUUUUUUAAUAUAAUGUUGGACAACAAAAACAUCGUU